AUGUAGAGUAACGAAGUGAAGCGAUUAAAGUAUUUUGUUUUCUUGUUUGCUAUUUCGUGUUUUGUUUUCCAAUCUAAAGUUUAAGGAAAUUUUGAAUGGCUUUUAAUGGCUCCAGAUAGCACUUCUGUUGAUAUAAGCAAAAGCCUCAAGGAUUACCUUAAUCGAAAUGAAUCUGCCACCAAGGAAGAACAGAAAGGUUUAUUAAAAAGUUUCAGCUUAGAUUCUUGGUUUACCAGAUCAUCUGAUAGUCAAGACUAUGAAGACGAUAAACAAUCUGUCGAUUCUUGGUACAGUCAAGCUGAAAAAGAUUCCUAUUGUACAUCUUUAUCUAAGAAACAAAGAAUUGUUGGUUUUGUUGGAUGCAUUAUAAUGGGAUCGCUAUGCUUCUUUUUGGCAGCUUUUUAUGCACCUGUUUUACUUCUUAAGGCCCGGAAGUUUUGUUUGCUCUUUUCGAUGGGAAGUCUUUUCAUUAUUGGAAGCUUCUCUGUGCUGUGGGGACCAUGUAAUCACCUGAAGCAUUUGUGUUCUCCUGAGAGAUUACCCUUUACUGCUGUUUACUUCAUAACCAUGUUUACGACUUUAUAUUCAGCUCUGUGGCUCAAGAAUACAGUUCUUACUUCAAUUUGUGCAAUUUGUCAAGUUAUUGCUUUGAUGUGGUACGUCACCAGCUACAUUCCUGGAGGGCAAACUGGAUUGAAGUUCAUAACACGAAUGUGUACUUCAAUAGUUACUCGAUCAUCAAGCCGUAUAUUGCCUGUAUAAAAUCUCUUUUAAUCGUUGCUUUAUUUUGUAUGCCAAAGAAAUAAUCUACAUCUUCAAUAUUUAUUAAAAUCUGAGUGGUCAUUAGACGCUUUAUGGCAAAAAUACAUUUAUUUAUUUUUGUACAUAUUUUUUUAGUUUUAUUGGAUUUUUAUAUUAUCUUAACUUAUUGUUUUUAUAUUCUCUGUAUACUUUUUGGAAAUCAAGAAAAAUAUUAGUUACUUCCAUCUGGUCAUGAAAAGUCACAAAUAUCUUUUCUGGAUUUUUUUUUUAAGACUAUUAUAUAGCAGUAUUUUGUUAGGAUCUACUGCAGUUUUCCUGUAGUUUAUAAGGAUUUUAGCUUUUGCUAUAGAACUAAGGAAGAAAAAAAAAAGACAUUUUUUAAAAAUGAAUGUUAAAAAAUUGUUUUAUUUUUAUUUAUGAUUUCUAUACAAUUCACAAUCAUUCAUAUGUUUUAUGGUGAUGCUCAGCUUCGACUAUUUAUAGACUCUGUGUUUUGGGGCAUCCCUUCCUGACCUAUUCUUCUUCAACAAGUAAUUUAUUUCUUUUUUUUUCUUCUUUUAUUAAAUGGAGCAUGACUUAUCUAUUGCAGCUACUAAUCGUGAAAAUUUAUUUAAUGAAAUCCAAGAUUUUUGUCUCAAUAAUUGCAUAUGUAAUGUUAUAAUGUAACAAAAUGAUUAUGAAUUAUCACUCUCUUAUUAGAUAGUUAAUAAUACACAUGCUCAAACAUUGUUUAUACGUUGUUAACAUUGUUAAAUUUUAUUCCUUCUGAUGCAAUGGAUGUUAAAGCCUUAAUAUGUGGCUGUGAGAAACUAUAGAUAAGUUCCUUAGUGUCUAGGGAAAAGGUAAAAGUUGGUAUUGCUGAUAUUGCAUUUAUUAAAAUAUAUUUAUUCGUAUAUAUAUAUAUUUUAAAAAUCACUCAUUUUUUCAUUAAUUAUUUGGUAUUGUUAUAUUUCAUUAUGUAAUGAAAAAUAAAUUUGUCUUGAACUCAACUAAAUAAAUAUCUAAACAAAUGAAGUAAAUUUUCACUACUAAUAAAAUUCUUAUCUUAUAAAAUUCUAAUAUUGGAUUACCUUUGUGUUUGAAAAAUAUUUUAUGUAUUGAAUCUUGGUAAGUUAUAAUGAAACUAUAUAUCGGGUUAUAGUUAUAACAAUAUAGUUAUAAAUAUUUGAAAUCACCAAUAAAUAAUUAAUGAAUAUAUAGGUUUUUGUUAUAUGGUAUUAUAAUUCCUUAGUUUCAUUUUCUACAACAUUUCUGAAGGUAAAUUCUGUUGAUGGAAUUGUUUUUACUGAAUCCUCAUAUUAUUAUUAUUAUUAUUAUUUUUUAAUAAAACUAGUCAUUAGGUAGAACAAGUGUGACACUUUUGAAUUUUUUUUUUGUGUUUUAUGUUUUAGAAUUUGUUAUUUAAUUACACAGUGACCAUGUUUUUUUUCCUUCUGUAUUUUAGUAAUUUAUUUUUUGUAAAUUGAGAACCUUGCAACUAAAUUUUUGUUCUAUCGUUUGUGAAAUAUGGAUUACAAUAUAUUAUGAACCUCAUUUCAUUAAUUCUUUAGGGGCUAGGUAAACAUAUUGUUUUAUGAAAAUGCAAUGUGUUGUUAAAAAAGAUGUUUUAUUGCAUAUAUGUUGUUAAAGUGAUCUUGGAAAAUCAUGACACAUUAUCUGUUUUUGAAAUUGAAGGAAUAAAUGUAACAUCUAGAAUAUUAAAAUCGAUAACAUCAGGUUAUAUGCAAUUUUAUCAGGUCACAAAAUAUUGUUGUUGGAAAAAUUUUUAUUUUGUUUAGUUAAUGUUGGGUUAGUUUACUGCAUUUUAUUAAAUAUAUUAACACAAAUGAUUUUCGAAAAAAGAACACAAUUCUUUUAGAAAUUUUUUUUUCUAUUACAAAUUUUGUGACAGCCAUUUCUAGUUUAUAACAAAAAAUACAUGUUAUUAUUUGCCAUGACAUAAAUAGAAGUACCUAAUAUGUUAUAUAUUGUUUUGUUUCCAUGUUCAGUUAUUUUAUUGUCUGUAUUAAGUUUUUAAUUUAUAAAAUACUAAAAAAAAUUUUUAAUAUCUUUGCUGAUAUGAAAACAAAAAUUAUUUAUUUUUUUUGUUCAUUUUUUUAAAGAAUUAGAUGAAAAUUAAAAUUGGAAUUUUUUUUAAUGGUUAAAAAUAGUAGUUAAAUUAACUUACAAUCUUAGUUUCAUUUAGCUUUCUUUAAAAAUGUAUUUGCAAUAUAAUCGAUUUAGUGGUAUCAUCAAUUCUUCUCUGUUGAAAAGUUGUAUUUGUUAAAUUCUUUCAAUUAAAUCCCAUUUCAUUAUAAUGUUUGUGGAAUUUAUUCAUUAUAAUUUUUUCUUUAUAUUUUUUUAUAAUUUGAUUAUAAAUCCUUUCAACUUGUGUUUUUGAUUAAAUGAUUUUUUUUAAUGUUUUAAAUGUAUGAUUUUGCUGAGAUCUUUAUUUUUUUAUUGAUUUAUGUGUAUGCUUAUCCUAGAAGAAGUAUUGAAAUAUUAAAAUUUUGUUUCAUUAAUUUUUGAUCAAUUUUUUUUUUUUUUUUUUUUUUUUUUUUUUGUAAUUUGGUUCAAAUAUGACUGUUUUUUUUUUACAUGAUUUUAUCUCUGUUUACAGAAAGUUAAGAUUUAUGGGUUUGUUGAUCAAAAGACUAAUUAUUACUUAGUUUAUUUCUGAUGAUUUUGUCUAUAGAGCAUUGUAACACAUUUAAGAAGUCUGCAGUGUUUUAUAUUAUUUUUAUAACUGCUUGACAAUUAUUAUAUUAAUAAUGUGUACUGCAAAAAAAGUCACUCGUCUGUUAAGAACACUUUUAAAUGUUAAAUUUUGCUUGACGAUAAUGUGUGACACAAAGUUUUUCUCUUUGUAAUUUUUUGAUCAAAUUUAAAUGUGCACAUUCGGUAAAUAAAAUGAGUGAAUGUUA